AUGAACGAAACAUUCAGCGAACAACAAAUAUUCGAUAUCCGUCACGCCUUUUCAUUGGUUGAUUCAAAGAAUAAUGGUUCGGUCUACGUGAAAGAUAUUCCAACAAUCUUUGAAAACUUAGAUGAAAGUUUCAAAGACUGCAUCAUGGAAGAAGAUGAACUGAAUCGCUAUCUUGAAGAAAUCGAUCUUGAAAAUUCCGAUCAAAUUAGUUUUACUCAAUUUCUGGUCUUAUUGUCAUAUAAAAUAAAUAGAACGGACACAGUCGAAGAAUUACAAGAAGCAUUUCGUAUGUUUGACCGUACAGAAUCUGGCUAUAUAACAUUUGAUAAUCUUUGGCGUGGCAUGCAUACUCUCGGCGAGAAUUUGUCUCGAAGAGAAGUCGAACAAAUGAUGCAAGAAGCGGAUAAGGACUUUGAUGGAAAAAUCAAUUUUGCCGAAUUUAUUGAAAUGAUUCGAUAUAAAUAA